CCAGCAGGACGAUGGAAAAGCAGCCAGAAGCAGUAAAUCCACGGGAUUUGGGAGGAGCAGGAGGAACGGCCCUGCCAUUCCAGCUGCGGACAGAAGGGAGCAUCCAAAGCCCAGGCGAGGCCCAGAGGAACCAUCGGGGACAAUCCAGCCUCGGGAGGGGACAGGUGCCAUCCUGCUGUGUGUCCUCACCGGGUGCCAUCCUGCUGUGUGUCCUCACUGGGUGCCAUCCUGCUGUGUGUCCCAUGUCCUCACCGGGUGCCAUCCUGCUGUGUGUCCUCACCGGGUGCCAUCCUGCUGUGUGUCCCAUGUCCUCAUCGGGUGCCAUCCUGCCCCGUGUCCUCGCCAAGGGCCACUCCUGUCUGUGUCCUCACCGGGUGCCACUCCUGCCCCAUGUCCUCACCAGGUGCCAUCCUGCUGUGUGUCCUCAUCGGGUGCCAUCCUGCCCAGUGUCCUCACCAGGUGCCAUCCUGCCCAGUGUCCUUGCCAAGGGCCACUCCUGUCUGUGUCCUCACUGGGUGCCAUCCUGCGGUGUGUCCUCACCGGGUGCCACUCCUGUCUGUGUCCUCACCGGGUGCCACUCCUGCCCCGUGUCCUCACCAGGUGCCACUCCUGCCCCGUGUCCUCACCAGGUGCCACUCCUGUCUGUGUCCUCACCAGGUGCCACUCCUGUCUGUGUCCUCACCAGGUGCCACUCCUGUCUGUGUCCUCACCGGGUGCCAUCCUGCUGUGUGUCCUCACUGGGUGCCAUCCUGCCCCGUGUCCUCUCUGGGUGCCACUCCUGCCCCGUGUCCUCACCGGGUGCCAUCCUGCCCCGUGUCCUUGCCAAGGGCCACUCCUGUCUGUGUCCUCACCGGGUGCCACUCCUGCCCUGUGUCCUCACCGCUGGCACGAGGGGGUUCCACAGCUCCUGGGGCCCACGGGAGCUGUCCCUGCAGGGAUUCCAGAACCUGUGGAGAAACAAAGGUCAGGGUGAGGGACAGCAGUGACCUUGGACACUGCAGCACAACCUC